AUGGAUCACAAGUUUAAAAGCAAAUGGGAAAGGAACAACUACUUAAUCUUUGAUCAUAAAGAUUAUAAUGGUUAUGAUGAAAUUUCAUGGCGUCAAAGAAACUUCAUGUGCAACUUUUGUAAGAAAGAGUACAAAUCUGCACAAGCUCUUGGUGGUCACAUGAAUGUUCACAGAAGGGAUAGGGCCAGACUCAGACUCUCUUCACCCUCUCAUGAUCAUCCCCCAAACCCUACCCCUAACCCUAACCCUAACCCUAACCCUAACCCUAAUUUCUCAUUACCACCAUCCUCGUCAAUCCGGUGCUUACCCUACAAGACUUGCUACCAUUCCUGUAUUUUCCCUCUCUCUUCUUCACCAUCUUCAACCACAAGCAAAGAAAGCAAACAAGAGACGUUGUUCCCACUCGUACCACAUUCGAAUUUGGCAAGAAAUUUUCUUGGAGGUAUGAAAAAGAACAUCAAUAAUUACAUGGAGGGGUCUGUGGCAAAUGUUAAUGGAGGUUUCCAUGGGGAUUCUUGUGUUGAUCAAGAAAGUGAGUUUAGGGUUUGGAAGAAAAAAGAGACUUUUGGGGUGGAAAUGGAGAUGGGUUUGCUUAAWGAUGGUAAGAUCGGGAUGGACUUGGAUUUGGAACUUCGACUCGGCCGAUCUGAAUCCAUUUGA